AGAUUCAAAAAAGAGUCAAAAUGGCCGACAAACCGUUCAGCACAAAAGCGUCUAUUGUUCUCGCGCGAUUUCUAUUGCGUCAUACACCCGCACUCCGAAUUCACGUGAGACAAAGCGAAAAAACCAUACUGGGCCCAUAACCUGUAGAGAUUAUGCAUGGUUAUCACGUGAAUAAAAGAGAUAAACAGGUUAACUGGUAAAACUGGAAUUUAUUAUAAUGACAAUUGUAUAAAUAAAACAGCACGGACAGCGAGAGCGUGUAGCAUGGUGACUGGCUGGAUGUUACUUGGACUGGACAGUCCAAGUAACUAGAGAGUGGAAGAGAGAGAGCAGCAAUGCUCACUCAACGAAUGCGACGAUAACGCCACCACACACACACAGACAUAUACACUCAUAUAUGCUCGAACUCAAUCUAAUCUGACAACAAUCGAAGGAGAAGAGAGAGAGAAAGAGAUCAAAGCUCUUCAGAUUCCAGUGUUGAUGAUGAAAGAUGGAGGAAUAAUUAUGCACAAGUUGUAAACAUUUUGCAGAGGAUAAAUAAUAAUUCUGAUAGUGAUGACUCUAAUCUCAAUGAUGAUGACUCUCAUUCCAACUCAUCUCUAGGCUCUAAUGCAAUGUCUAUAGCAAUAUCAAAUGUUACAGAUAAUGAAUUACUUUCAAAUUUAAAUGAGGAUGAAAGCUUGUCAUCUGUCAUAUUGAAUAACAAUACAAGUUCUGAAUCUGCAAGUGACAUUAAUGAUGACGCAAGGAUAAAUAUACGUGAGCAACUUCUUCAUGAGCAGGAUGAUGAGUUAGCUAGCGAUGAAGAUUGUGCAGAAUACGAACCUAUUUUCCAGGUGAAUUUGAAUGUGAGAGAAAAUCCUUUGGAGGAGAUGCUAUACGAUGACGAUGCAAAUGAGGCUCUCAAUGUUCGCGUGAACAUUACUAAAGCAGAAAUAUUUUUGGGAGUCUUAAAAUUUUCCCUAGUCCAUAAGCUGUCACAAUCUGCAAUAGCAGAUUUAUUUAAAAUGUUGAACAUAUUUUUUAAUAACAAUAUUUUACCUCAAUCGCGAUAUUCAGUUAAUAAAGUAUUCAACUUUGAAAAUAAUAUAGAUUAUCAUGCCCUAUGUCCUAACUGUAAGGGUUAUGUUAGACAAUUUCAUCGGGAACAGGAUCCGAAUGCACGUUGUGAUCCUUGUAAUUUAGAAUUUUCUGUAACCGACCCUACGUAUAGAGACUUUUUCUGCAUAAUAAAUCCGGAAGAGGAAAUAAGGCAUUACGUUGAAGAGAAUUGGUUAUAUUAUCAGUCUGUAGUUGACGCACGUGCUGACAACGCGGCUCAUUUGAAUGAAUUCCACAAUGGUUUGUUAUACAAACGAUUAAGAAACUCUCUGCCCGAUGACCGGAAAAAUCAAUUUGUAACUGCGACAUUCAACUGUGAUAGUUCUCCUGUCUUUGAAAGCUCCAAUUUCUCCAUUACCUUUUAAAUUAAGAACCGCAAAACCGAUUGUAUGUGGUCUAUGGUUUGGACGAAACAAACCAAACAUGAACAUGUUUUUGGAACCAUUCGUUAAUAGAAUGAAUGUAUUUUCGGAUGAAGGUAUAACAUGUAACAUACGAGGCACACUUCAUACUAUUUAUGUAUAUAGCAUAUGUUCUUGUGAUGAUUCUGUAGCUCGUGCCCCCAUGCAAGGAAUUGUUCAAUUUAAUGGAUAUUUUGGGUGCAACUGGUGUUUACAUCCCGGUUAUUACAUAGCAGUAGGUCGAGGCGGCAGCGUUAAAUAUAUAUCAUUAGAUGAAGCAAUCGAAGACAGAAACCAUGCGGAUACUUUGCGAGAUGCUCGCCUGGCCGUAGAAUUUGGGCAAGCUAUCAAUGGCGUUGUUAAUGAAUCAGUUCUUACUCGCUUAACACAUUUUAAUAUCAUUUCUGGUUUUGUGCCCGAUCCUAUGCAUUUUAUGGAUUUGGGCAUAGGCAAGCAAUUCGCUAAAUAUUGGUUUGAUACUAGUAAUAUGCCUUAUUCAUUAACUAAUGCAGAAAUCGACCGCAUUGAUGCGGUGUUAAGAAAUAUAACUGUUCCUAGCAAACUUAUGAGAAACUCUCGUUCCAUAAAAGAUCGAAAAUAUUGGAAAGCAAAAGAAUUUCAAAAUUGGAUUUUGUAUUUCAGUAUGGUCGUGCUUUUAAUGAUUCCUCGAAUGAGAGUCUACGCGACACAUUGGUCUUAUUUUGUAAGAGCUUAUUACAUAUUACUUCGAGAUAAUAUAACUCGAGAACAAUUACGCGAAGCGCAUCGUUUAUUAACACUGUUUGUAGCUUUAACUGAAUUUUAUUACGGAAGAAGCUCAAUGACAUACAAUGUUCACCAGUUAUUACAUGCAGUUCAAUCCACUAUCAAUUGGGGGUCAUUAUAUUACCACUCUGGGUACGGGUUUGAGAACGGCAAUGGGGAAAUUGUGAAAAUGGUAAAUUCUGCAAAAGGUGUUCAAUAUCAAAUAUGUAGAAUGAUUGGUAUGAACAGAAGCGAUCGAAUCUUAACGAAAUUCAUAUUAGAAAACUAUCCUGAUUCACCAGUAAUUGACUAUGUUAAAUAUUUAGAAACAAAGGAAUGUACGAAAGUAUUGACAACAAAUGUUGGGAGAUAUUUUGGUGUAUUUUCUCGUCCUACGCCCGAGUGGACAAGAUUACUGAAUCUAUCAAAUGCAGCUAUUAUUUAUAAAAAAUUAAUUAAAUCGGGUUGUACAUUCUUAUCUUGUAAUACUGUACGGUUACGUACAAACAAUUCCUUUGCAAUAACGACUGAUAAUCAUUUCAUACAAAUUGUUUUUUAUAUCAUAGAUAGAAUAACCGAGCAAGAAUAUACUGUAUGUAAAAAUGUAGAUGUUGUAGAGAUUAUUGACGAUAAUGAAUUCGAUCAAUUCCAAAUAAAAAGAGUAGUAGCUAUUAGUGAAGAACUAACCGCUAUAAAUACUAAUAACAUAGAUAAAAUUUGCGUAUAUAUGAAUUGUCAUAAUGAAAGAUACUUAUGUCCAGUGCCAAAUAUGCACUCUUAUUGAAUAUUAUCUUCUGUUUUUUAAUGAUAUAUGAAAUAUGUAAAUAUACAUUGUAUGAAAUAUGUAAUUUUAAAUGUAUAA